CUCGGCGGUCAAGGAUGUGUGGAGGUUAAUUAGUCAUUAACCGGCUCCUGGAUGAUGAAAAUCGAUGGUCACAGCGGCAUGAAAACGCCGCAGAAAAAGAGCCACUAGGUGUGGAUGAGGUGAAAGGCGAAGUGAACGCCGCUGGAUCCGGCUGCCUGCCCACUGGAGCGGAGGCGGGAGGCUCCCUCGGAUGUGUUCACCUCCGCACAUCCGAGCUCGCUCAGUCCGUCCGGAGCAGCGGCGGGGAUGAGAGCUGGGCACCCCGACGCCUUUCUCAGAGAUGGCCUCAGCUGAGCAGUGAUCCUGCCGCUGCGCACUGGGAAGACUUGACAGGUGACCGUCCGUCCUCUCCCCCAAAAAAAGGCAGAAAGAAGGAGGGGAGAAAAGGGAAACACACCAGCAUCAACAAAUGCGAACAUGUACAGCGUGGAGGACCUCCUCAUCUCUCAUGGAUACAAGCUGCCCAAGAAUACGGCCUCCUCUACGACCCCCACCCCCACCCCCACCCCUGCCUCUUCAUCGUCGUCCUCAUCCCGCCAGGCGCCCUCAUCCUCGCCGCCGUCGUACAGCAAGCACCACGAGAGCUCGGGGAGCAGGCCCAGUAGCCGCGCGGUGAACGGCUACGAACGAGGGUCGAGGGUGACGUUCAGUAACAACUCUCAAGCCUACGAGGCUGCAGCCGGUUGCCCCAACAACAACGGAGAACCCAGGGACAGGAGCCAGUCCAGGCAGGAAGGCGAGGCCCAAGGCCAAGUUGACAUCCCGUCUUAUGGAGAUUCCCUGACCUCAGACAGUGGGCUCUGCGAUGGCUCCAGAGGUCAACAGAUGCAGUCCAAGGACGUGUCCUUCUGGAGGAGGAGAGGCCAGGACUUUACCGUGCUGCUGGACUACGCUGACCUCAGAGAUCCCCACGCAAGUGGACACGGGGACUACAAAAGGCCGCAGGGGCCUCAACAAGCCAGAGGUCAAGAGUUGUCCGCUGAGGAGCGCCAGAGGGUCGUGCAGGAGAGGCAGCGCUGGGCAGCCCAGGUACAGGCUCGUGCCAAAGAGAGGGAAGCGGCGCUCAAUCAAUGGAGACUGGCAGCUGAGAGGAAGUGCCAGAGCCUGGGGACAGAUGAGUGGCGUCCAACCGUCAGCUUCAGUCGCCAGAUGUCGCAAAAUGAGGGUGAACGUUGGGCACUGGAGCAGCAACGGCUCCAUGCCAGGACACCAGAGGGAAUGGUAGUUCACCCCAGGACCAAAGCUAAAUCCCAGUCCAUGCCCAGGAUGUUGCGGCCUGGGAGCCUGCAAUACGUGGACGUGGCCUCAUGCGGUCAGGAACUGUACAGACGUGUCAACGGUCACCCCCUGUCACACCAUGACCUUUACAGGGCACCCCGCUGGCCCGAGAACGACAGGCCAGCAAGUGCCAACCAGUUGUCGUUAACGCCAAAGCCCCGCUUCACCCGGCCCCCGAGACCUCCCUCCUACGAGAUGCACCAGCAGAUCAGGGGAAGUUGCGAGGUAUUGUCUGGGAGAGACUCGGUUAUUUCCCAGACAAGGGACAGGACUCCUCUUCCCAUCCUGCGGACAGGCGAGGCGCCACUGGACUAUUUUGCACAGGAGUCUGGACCUCCAGGAUACAACCCCCCUCCAUCGUACAAGAGAGCCCCUGUGAUUAUAGGGGGGCACCGGGGAUUUGGUGAGAUUGCAGUUGACUACAGGUACAGAGGUGAUGUGUACCAACAUAUACAUGUGGCUCCAGAUGGAUCUCACUGGAUCACUCGGCAUCCUGCAGGUUCUUGGUCUGAGCCACCCAGAGAAAGGUGUAUGGCAGGCCAGAAGCAACUCCAUCCUUUGUGUAGUAUGCAGGUCCCAGGCGGAGGCGUACAAUAUAUUUCUUUUAAUGACCCCCGCAUCCGGCACAUUUCCUCAGCCCUGGGCGGGAACUCCCUGACAGACGCUGACAAGAUUCGUCACAUCCGCAAUGAGCUUCCCAGCACCACCGUGUCGGAACCAGCUUCCGGCAACAGUGCCUUUUUGCCUCCGUCUAUGGGGCCUUUUAUCACUGCCAAACUGGCUGGUGAUGUUAAUCAGACAUCUUCAUGUGACUUUGACAAUGACAAUAAAAGGUGGCACAGCAAUUUGCACAAAGAAACUGUCGAUAACUUCUCAGCAACUGACCAAAACUGCAACACAUAUUCCAAAAACCAACAUCCUCCUCCAUUGCCAUCUUCAGCCUUUCAAGCCCCAAUAAGAAGAGCAUCAUCUCGCCAGGGGUCCAGUUUAGAUCAGGUUUUUGCAGAAACCAUCACACAAGUGAAGAAAAUUGUCCCAGAAUCAGGGUUGGAGAAUAACCGCAGUACAAAGAGAAGAGUGAGUGAGACCAUCUUCUGCCUUGUGUCUGUUCCCCUUCACACACCAACUAACCUUAAUAAAGAUUCAUCUGCAGAUCAGAAUAACAAUGACACAAAACGAAGUUUAACGAUGACCAAUACAGGAACAUUUGCAGUUGGUCUCAAAGAGACUCACAGUUUGCGAAGUAAGUCGGUCAACGAGAUGCCCAUCAAACUCCAAUACUCACACUUUCACACCAGCAGCACUUCCUCCCUGAGGAAUUCCAAGAGGGCUCCUCUAAGGAAGGAAAUUAUAGAUGCCUGGGCACUCCAAGCCAGUGAUGACAGGGAGAGGUGUUAUGCUGGGUCCUGGCCAGGAAACCAAUACCGUAACCAAGAAACCCAGACUGGCUCACCUUUGACUGUUGUGAAAAGUCCAGAACCCCAAAGCCCACCUGGGGUCCAAGAACCUAUCCACUCUGUUUUGGACAGAACCACCGACAGUGGUGUGGGGACAGACAACGGUUCCGCUUAUGGAUACCCCAUGGCUGGCCAGAAAGACCUCCAUCCCUCCAGCAACAGCGCCUUCUCUCGUCUCAGCAACAGCCCAACACCACAGCAAUCACUGAAACCUACGGAACAACAUCUAACCUCCCCAUUUAAGAAACCGGAUCAAAGAGACCAGAAUCCAUCCUCUCCAAAGAGGAGCAACUCAACUCCUCCAGAGUGUUCAGAACAAGUGGCCUUUGGUCAGUUUCUACUAAAACCAGUAAAUCGACGACCAUUUGAUGCUAUUGGUGAGCUAGAGAGCAUCAAUAAGGAGAUGGAAGACACAAUCAGCAAAAGACCGCAUGUGGGUCGGUCAAUUGAUGAUCUAGAUGGCACGAAUAAAAGAUUUAACCGAUACAAACCACAUACACGAUUCAAUGCUUGCCUCAAACCAGGCAGAGAAGGAAUUAGUCUUCCACCCGUACUCUCAGAGAAAACUGCUAUCAAAGUCAGAUCGAGAUCUUUUCCUUCUGCCGAUGAUCUGGAAUCCAUGGGCACACAAAAUACUUUUUCCAGACCACAGUCCAACACACCAUCAACAUAUAAGGUAUGCCUGAUGUCCAAUCCAGACGAGAGGCCACCUCGGUCCUUGCUGCCUCAACACAGGGAUUCAAACCAACCCUAUCGGCAGGAUAUUCCAGUCCCUCAGGAGUCAUUGCUCAGGGAUGUUGGACUAACCGUCUACACAGAAGCCCCUAGUGGUCAUGGGGAGACAAUGCAACGCUCACUCCUGGUCCCAGCGACACUUGACCACAAGGACUUGUCAGUGCAGCUUUUAAGUGAGAGCGGCACAGCGCUUGUUGAAAAUACUCGCUGCCUAGAGCACAAUUCUAGUCAAGAGCUUAAAGCUGAAGCGGACACGGAGACAAACACUUCAUUAGACAAAAUGCGACAAUGCAAGGAACAGCUGAGUUUGAAACUCGGUGAAGAUGAUGGUGAUGAGAAAUAUCGAAUCUCUGAGCCUGUAAAAUCAAAUGAGUCAACAAUGGCAGAUAAGCAUCUUGAGACCUUACUGAUUCAUGAGCAAGCUAAUGCAUUACCUACCGAGGACCUCAGUGGCUUGUAUGACGUUAAAUGUGCAAAGGGAAUCCCGGAAAAUGAAUCAAUUGAGCAGAGAGCAGCCAGAAUCCUGGGUAUUACCAUUCCAGUGGGGGCCUUGGGUGCGUCUGACAGCAUAGAGGAGUACAGUGACGAUAUCGAACCUUUUGUAGCUGAGAAACCGCGUUAUUCAGAUGAAGACAAAGAUAAUGUGAUUGAAGAGCCUGAGCAGGUCGAACAGGAAUCCGUCAUUUUACUGGGAGCGGAUAUAGAAGAGGCUAAGCUAUUAAUAAGGGAAUACUCCAAUGAAGAUGGCCGACAAAAGCACAGCUACAAUCACGAUGAUGGCGAACACAAUGAAGAUAAUAUCGCUCAGCCGGGGGCGGUACUGGAUCUGCCUGAAUUCCCACCAAGUAAUCUGCCUCUGUCCCUACCCGUCAGCCCUGAUGAGAAACUAGCACACAAAAUGGGCAGAGGAGAAAAGAAGGGAUGUGGUGGAGCCAGCAAAUUAAUUGAAUCUCUGCAAGAUAAGCUAAGCUCUUCGGCUUCUGCAUCUGCUGCAUCUCUGGGCAGGUCAACCAUAGACAGAAUGGCCCGUCUCAAAGAGCUAGACUCUGUGUCUCGAAUAAGACGCCUCAGCCUGAAAGGGGCCGACUCCAUUAGAGAGUGUGAGAAUGAGGAGUCUGGGCGGGAGAACUUAGUUCGAGAUGAUUCUAAGGUGGUGGAGGAAUUAGAAGAUGAAGGUCUGAAGGAGCAGAAAGGAGGAAAGAAGGACGUGGAUUAUGCAGUUGAACAGGAAAAUUCAUGUGAAACACACAUUAAGAUGGUAGCACUCCAAGAAUGUUGUCAGUCUGAUGAAGAUAUAUGCAAAGUCGAUGGAAAACCAAAGGAGGCAGAACAGACUAAUGAUGUUUUUGCACUGAAAACAAUACAUGAAGGUAGGGAAGAUGUUGAAGUGAAGGGAGACGAAAAAGUACAGCUUGAAGUUGUCGCCAACGCAGACAAACAUGAACAGAAUGCAGCAGAAGUUAGUCGGUGUGAGAAGACCAACAACAUCAAAGUAGAAAAGGUGCCCAAAGCGAAGCGCCGUACGAAGCUCCAAAAGCCUCCGCUUCUUCCUAAGCCCCGAAGUGUUCCCAAGAGAGAAAUAAGUCUACCACUCAGCUUCAGCUCUGGGACCUUUACUUCCUCGAAUAUGGAGGAAGAGGAGGAGCUGCACACGGUCUCAGACUCCUACGACCCCAGUCGAGUGGAGCGAGUAUAACCGCUGACUCUGCCUUUUUUUUUCUUCUUUUUUCUCACCACUGUGGAAACCCGUCUCUCAAGUUAACGACCCUUUUUCCCACCAAGAAAGGCUUUCAUCUCAUCCGCGGCUCCUUUCGGCCGCGACCCUUCCAGUAUCGUUACAUAUAUCUCUAAUCCGACCGUCGUGGAGCUGCGGGAGCGGGUUUUUUUUCUUCCACAGCCAAAUAUAUCGGUGGUGUCAGCUCCCCCCUCCUCGAUCUCGUCGCUCCACCUCUCUGUCGCUUCUGUAACGUCUCCUCCCGCCCUCCCCCGAACCGGGUGUUGAUUUCUGAAUGUCAAAGUGCUUCUGCUCUUCAAACAACACUAAUGUGACAGCUUUGACGGUAUUGCAUUACAAUCAGUUCCCGAAACCCUCACCAAAUGUAAAUAAGAACCAAGUAUAAAGUUUUAUCUAGAAUAUAUAAAAAAAGGAAUAUCAGUUGAAGAAAUGUAUAUUUUCUUAUAGCAUCGGAAAAAUGCUACAUUUUUUUUAAUUGUGGUAUUUGGGUGUGGCACUAAUAAUAGAACCCCCUUGUUCUUUGCUCUUAUACCCGCGUGAUAGCGAAUGUACCCAGAGAGUCUGGGUUGCAACGAGAAACACUGUGGUCUUUGAACAGCAAUAUCGUUAUGGCACACCUCUUUUUUUUGUCUUCACCUCGGCGACAUCGGUGCUAGCUUACACCACCGCCGUCACCAGAGCAUCAUGAGUACGAACCCGUAUUUUUCUGCGUUUAAGAGAGGUCUAUAUUGAACUUUGCCGUGGUUAGGAGUGCUUUUUUCUGCAGGAAACGACCGUGUAGCUAUUUGGAGGUAUGGCGUGCCUUGUGUGUCCACGCCUCAUUCACGUUUAUUCACCCGUAAGUGGGGGGGGGGGAAACAGGCACAUCUUUUGAGUUUUGUUUUCGAGUGAACACGGCAGGAAUAACAAAAUGGUCGCAAUAAUGGGAAGAAUGAGUUGUAAACGGAGGGCCACGCUAAAGACAAAUACCAGAGAAAACAUGGAAAAACUGAUGAUUAUGUGAAAGUGGAUCACUCCUUUAAAUGUCAAACUAUAUUAUUUACAGCCCCUAAAACCACUGAAGUUGUCUAAAUGGUAAAUAAAAACAGAAUCCUUUCCAACUUAUAUUCAAUUGAAUAGACUGCAAAGACAAGAUAUUUAACGUUCCAACUGGAAAACGUUGUUAUUUUUUGCAAAUAUUAGCUCACUUGAAUUUGAUGCCUGCGACAUGUUUCAAAAAAGCUGGCACAAGUGGCAAAAAAGACGGGGAAAGUUGAGGAGUGCUCGUCAAAGACUUAUUCGGAACAUCCCACGGGUGAACGGGCUAAUUGGGAACGGGUGGGUGCCAUGAUUGGGUAUAAAAAAGCAGCUUCCGUGAAAUGCUCAGUCGUUCACAACCAAGGGACGGGGGGCGAGGGUCGCCGCUUUGUCGACAAAUGCCUGAGCAAAUUGUUUAGGAAGAAUAUUUCUCAACCAGCUAUUGCAAGGAAUUAAGGGAUGUCACCAUCUACGGUCUGGGUUCAGAGAAUGUGGAGAAAUCACUGCACGUACGCCAUGAUAUUAUGGAAUUUGGAUCCCUCAGGCGGUACUGCGUCAAAAAAAAUCGACAUCGGUGUGUAAAGGAUAUAACCACAUGGGCUCAGGAACACUUCAGAAAACCACUGUCAGUAAACUACAGUUGGUCGCUACAUCUGUCAGUGCGAGUUGAAAUUCUAUUAUAUAUGCAAAGCGAAAGCCGUUUAUCAACAACACCCAGAAACGCCCGCCGGCUUCGCUGGGCCCGGGCUCAUCUGAGAUGGACUGACGCAAAGUGGAAAAGUGUUCUGUGGUCUGAUGAAUACACAUUUGAAAUUGUUUUUGGAAACUGUGGACGAGGAAAAGAACCAUCCGGAUUGUUCUAGGGUCAAAGUUCAAAAACCAGCAUGUGUGAUGGUAUGGGGGUGUAUUAGUGGCCAAGGCAUGGGUAACUUACACAUCUGUGAAGGCACCAUAGAGGUUUUGGAGCAACACAUGUUGCCAUCCAAGCAACGUUAUCAUGGACGCCCCUGCUUAUUUCAGCAAGACAAUGCCAAGCCACGUGUUACAACAGCGUGGCUUCAUAGUAAAAGAGUGCAGGGUACUAGACUGGCCUGCCUGUAGUCCAGACCUGUCUCCCAUUGAAAAUGUGUGGCGCAUUAUGAAGCCUAAAAUAGCACAACUUUUUUGCAAUGUGUUGCCAUUAAAUUCUAAGCUAAUGAUUAUUUGCCGAAAAAUGAAGUUUCUAUUUUGGAACAUGAAGUAUCUUGUCUUUGCAGUCUAUUCAAUUGAAUAUAAGUUGAAAAGGAUUCCCAAAUCAUUGUAUUCUCUUUUUAUUUACCAUUUAAUCAACGUGACAACUUCACUGGUUUUGGGGUUUGUAUAAUGUACGGAACAUUGUUGGAGUACUUGUCCAAGUACCAACACAAGUUCACUGUCGAUCAUCUUUCAGCAAGGGUGACCUGGGGACUUCUUUGAUUACCAGGAAUCAAAUGAAUCUCAAUAAAAAAAAAUGGGGAGGGGAAAAAAAAGGCCACAAUAACGAAAUGAAAGUAUAAAUAUGCAAAGUGGGCCCGUGCGUUCUUUUUCUCGGUGUUUGCUUACGUGGACUUUUGUGAUAGCAAUAAACUAGAUUCGGGAGUAUAUACCAGACUUCACUUUGUACGCUAUGCAGUGGGCAUCAUCAGCUGAAGGUUUGAUACCAAAAUGGAAAAAAGUUGUAAGAUUGAUGUGAAAGUACCUGGUACCUGGUACCUCCGUCUUCUCUUUUGUACUGCGAGUUCUUUGUAACACGUCGACUCUCGGUGCACGUUUGAUUUUGAUAUUUUCUAUUUUCAUACGACAUAUGUACAGCUUCUUCUUUUUUUUUCUUCUUUUUUUUAAAUGUGCGGCAUCUUUUCUUUUUCUUUUUCGGUGCAUGGAAUGCGUAACGAGUCACAAAGUAUUUGCAUAUACUUGCAUUUGGUACUACAGUAUAUAUAUAUAUAUAUAUAUAUAUAGUCUAUCCAAUAAACUGUUAUAUUUCAUAUAAUGUAUAUUUUAUUUUACCAGGAGAAAAAAAUAAAAGAAUAUUCUACAUAUUUAAAGCAGAAUAUGGUAUUUUUAGAUUGUGAAAAAGGGAACUAACUAUAAAAAGGCACAACAGAUCAAUACAUAGAGACACGUGUGUGCUAUUGUACAGUAU